AAAGGUUGCAGAGACCAAAAACACCGCAAACCAUCCACAUUUCAAAUUAUACCCUCAACAUUUUUUCAACAAGAACUGAUUGUGAAUGAAAUUAAUGUAGCAGUUGUUUUUGGCAACAUUGAUGCGAUCCAUAGUUAUCGUGAAGAGUUAGCUUCAGUAGAGCUGGUUGGAGUAGAUGCCACAUAUAAAACUGUUCCUCAAGUGUCAGGGGACUUACGAUCUUUCCCAACAUUCCAAGUACUCUACAAAGAUGCAUUUCCAAUGGUCUAUGCCCUUUUGGGGAGUGAAACACAAGAAACUUACUCUACAUUAUUUAAAGUAAUACGCAAUAUUUUACCUCUUUUUUAUAAUGGAAUACGUUUUGUCACUAAUUAUGAACGUGCUCUUAUGAAUGUUAUCAGGGAAGUAAUUCCAAAUAGUCAAUUAGUAUGUUGGUUCCAUUAUACAAAGAAAAGCUGAUUGUUGUUGAGAAUCAGUUCUUUAUAGAAUUUCAACAAUGUAGAGAUAGCUUUAAAGUUAGAAAUUAAAUGUCCAAAAAAGAGAGGGAAAAUACAUCUAUAAUGAUAAGAGAAUGUGUACAGCAGCUGAAUCAAGACGGUGACUUAUUGAUGUUUGUGAGGAAAACUGAUUACCGUAAUGAUGGUUAUGUUCAACGACAAAUCUGGCCAUAUCCUAAUAUAUAAUAAAAUAUUACAAUUAUUGUUUUUAUAUAUUGUAAACUAAUUUUAUUAUUGUUUUUUUUACCU